CUAAUUUCAACAAAUAUUGCAUUAUUCUUUGCUAAUUAUAUGCGACAACAUACAUCCAGCGCGGGUAUCUCGAAAUUUUUUCUGCGCUUGUUGUUCGUUCUUCAGAGCCUGGAUCUCUGUACUAUAGAUGUUCUCUCAUCUUUCAACAUCCGCCGUAACAAUCGUGAAAACCCCCUUUGUAAUAUCUCCCUCGAAAUUACCCCAUAUGCAGAUACCGUCUCUCAUGUGAACCAGGUGUCGCAUAAUAUGAUAGCCUACUAAAUAUGCGCCACCCUAGCUCAAUACCUCUUGAUGAUUAUUCCAGAACGCCUUAGCCGGGCCGGAGAACCAGA